UUAAAGUGUACAACAUCCGGUAAAUCGACGCCUCACUGUGGCUAACUUGAUGCAUGACAAUGAGUGAGGGAUUGUCCAAAUGUUUUUACCGGAAAUUAUUUCAAAAUAAAAGCGUCAAAAUGAUGACUCGUCUGGGGGUGUCAUGAACAGUGUUGGGCAAGUUACUCAGGAAGGGUAAUAAAUAACUUAUUACUCUUUCAAAAAGUAAUUAUAUUACCUUACUUAUUACUUGGUUUUAAAAGUAAUUAGUCACAUUACCAGUUAUAUUACUAUAUUACAUUUGCGGGUUCUGCAUAUUCAGUCAUAAGAGCAGCAAGGAGUAUCUGAUGGUUUUACAGAACAUAAAACGUUGCAUAACACCCCAGCUGAUAUUGUGUCAAGCUUCUUGUUCUGUUAUUUUUGCCCUGGCAUAUUAGCUCAAACGUCUUAUCUAAGAUAUACCCAGCGACAAGCUCUCCAGAUCUCCUCAGUGACCGUAGCUGAGGUGAGCUGCCCGCGCGUCCACGUCAUCAUACAAUAAAGCCUACCUAAGACAAAAUACAUAUUCGCAUUCUCGCAAAGAAAAAGUAAUGCAGCGUUACUUGGAUCAGUAACUGUAAUAUAAUAACUAUUUCGGAAAUUGUAAUCCCUUACUAGUUACUGGGAGGAGUAAUAAUGUUAGAGUAAUAUUUUACUGAGUAAUUAGUAAGAUAAGAUAUAACUUUAUUUGUCCCACAAUGGAGAAAUUUGGUCGUUACAGCAGCACAGUGGACAGAAUAUAGCAGAAAUAGCAGAAUAGAAAGAAAUUUUAAAAAGCUGUUUGUAUGUACAAAAUAUAACAAAAUAUAAAAAAUAGUAAGCUGUUGCAAUAGUUCCACAUGGAAACUGUCCGACACUGGUCAUGGAGAUGUUGUAUUUGAUUGUUAGCUAGUUUAAACUUGUUUUGAAUAGGUCUACGUGGAGUUAUAGGAAACGCUGUCAAAUACACGACGGUGGCAAUUUCACCUUGUGUUUUAUUUUGAAGAGUCACGACCGGAAGCCCUCGGCCCUCUCGCCUGUAGCCACCUGGUGCGCUCGCUACACCUUGACGCGCAGGUAAACGCGGAUCUGGGUCGAGGACUUUGAAUAAAAGUUCGACAUCUGAGCGGAGUCGAUAUUCGGGGACGGUCGAGAUGGAUUGAUAAAAAAAAAAAAACAACGAAAAAAAACAACAGAAGUGUUUAAUGUAAAAGUUUUCACGGGACGACAGCUAACUUCGUGGACGCGCCGUGCGAGCGGAACCUUGGAGCCAGCAAGUCAUGUCCGCUGAGGGCACCGGCAGUCUGAGACGGAGCUCGGGGCGUGGCGGUUCCGCGCACAGGCCGAGCCAGAGCAGCGGCAGCCAGCGGUCGUCAUACGAGGAGCGCUGCGUGGACCCGGUGGAGGAGCGGCUGCCGACCCCGGAGCCAAAGGCGGCCCACAAAGCCCACCUUAGGGACGCGAACGGAAAGGAGUGCGAGACAAUCGGCUUCAUCCCCGGCUCGGCCGGCCCUCCCGCCGCAGCGCCAACCUGCAACCCCUGCGCCUCUCUGAGCAGCUGCAGGACGUUCUUGUGCAGCGUGCUGACCUGUGGCCUGUACAGGGUUUGCCAGCGGUCCACGCUUGCUCCUCGCCUGGCGCCGAACGAGAGCUCCCCGGAUGAACCGGAGAAGGUGAGCCUCCGCAGUGUGAACCCGCGAGACAGCAAAGAGGAGGAUCACACAGACUGGCUUGGGGAUGUUCGCAUCGCCGGUGUCAAAGUGGACAGCCCAAGGGAGUAUCUAGACGUGGACACCGAAUCGUCCUAUUUGCGUUCGAAGUCCGUUCUUCAAACGCUGCCCAGCAAUCCGUCGCUGCACGAGUCCAUGAGGUUUGACGACUGGGAGGACGGCGAGGAGAACGUGGACUCUCUGAUUACCAAGAAGCUGCUGGAGCUGUACUCCGAAUAUCAGAUCGAAGAGUUGGCCAGGUGCACCUCGGACUCUGUGUUCCUGAGGAGGAGCAAAGACAUCAAUCAGCUCAUCAAUUCGCUGGCGGAGGAGCACAAGAUGGGCGAGCAGGAGGCGGAGUGCCGGCUUGUGCGCGGCAUCAUCCGCAUCAGCACCCGGAAGAGUGCGAAGAGGAGGCCGCCCCCCUCCAGGAGGGAGAGGACGCUGUCGGACAGCGGGAAUGAGACGAUGAGGGAGAGCGACUCCUUUACGUUCAGCAACAAUAAUGACUACAAAUCAAAUCCCAACAUCCAAAUAUCAGAACUGACCUCCUCUGACCAGUGUGCCAGGGAGAUGUGGAGAAACAACGGAGGUCAUUCUUCUGGCUCUCCAACGGCCUACUCGCCCGGGUCUCACCUGGAGUCCAACUCCUCCGGUGUCUCACUUUUUCGCUCCUCCAUGAGAACAUGAUUCCUGCUCCUUGCUGUCUGUCUACGCUUGAAUUAUUUGUCUUGCUUGUGUCCACAAAGUCACGUAUGAGACAUUGAAAGGAGACACUACUUGCACAGGAGUCUCUGGCCGAGCCAAGCUCUUUGUGGAAACAACGGCUUGGCUGUGGAAAAUAUGAAAAUCACAUUGUCUUGAAGGACAUCAGUGAACUCAGGGCUCUGUGUGUGUGUGUGUGUGUGUGUGUGUGUGUGUGUGUGUGUGUGUGUGUGUGUGUGUGUGUGUGUGUGUGUGUGUGUGUGUGUGUGUGUGUGUGUGUGUGUGUGUGUGUGUGUGUGUGUGUGUGUGUGUGUGUGUGUGUGUGUGUGUAUUUAUGGUUGAUGAAUAUUAUGUGUAUAUUUGAAGGAUCGCUCGGUGGCAAGCUUGUCCUGCAGGCAGAUAUCAGCAGCGGCUCUUGAAUUUAAAAUAUCCUGAAUAACCGUCCCGUCCUCCUUGAAGGAAUUGUGUCGUUUUGCUGAUUUAUGCUGUAGUUAUGUAAAGGAUAUUUAAAUUUAGUUCUGUGAAAGUAAGAUACACAGUUGUAUUUUUUGGCACAUUUAAUUUUCACGUCGCAGGCGUCAUCAUCUUAGGCUUGAUUACGGUUAGUUGUGAGAUUUUAAGCUUUUACUCAGUUGAGUUACACAUUUACACCAAUUAUCUGACAUUAUGCUUUUCAAAAUUUGUCAUUUUUCUAUUUCAUUUGGGCAGCAUUAUUCAAAAAGUUUAAAUAAUUUAAAAGUAUGAAGUAAGUAUUUUUGGCCUGAAGAAAAAUACUGGUAGAAAUAAUGUAUAGUUUGACAUUUUGGAAAAAUUAGGUUUUUAUGUCAACAACAAGAUUUUGACCUCAUGUACCCUGCUGAAAAUGACAAGCAUUGACGGCCAGUUAGCUUAGCAUUUAGACGAUGAGAUGGAAAUAUACUGUAGCUAGCCAAGAUCUGUGCAAAGGGAACGAAAUCUGCCUAUUAACACCUCUUUACAUGCUAUGUUUUGGAUAUUAAUUUAUACAAUUCACACGUUUGUUCUUUCAAAAGUGAUAAUUUUUUAUCUUUACAGAGGAUUACAGUAUUUACCGGACUAUUUCUUUGGGUUUGUAAACAACAUUACAUUUAUUUACCAGAUGCUUUUGUCCAGAUUGACUUAUAAGUGCAUUCAACCAUGAAGAUAUUACCCAAAAAUGCUAAACUUAUGCUAUCCUAAAAUAAUCUUAGCACAAAGCUCUCGGGUUAAAAAAUAAGUGUUUCCCAAAAUAUAACAUGUUAGUUUUCUUAUGCCAAGGACAGGUUAACGAAGAAGCAAGUUAGUGGCCCUUGAAUUGAGACUUUUAUGUGCAGUGUGAUUUUUAAUGCAUUGUAUCAUGUCAUCAUAACACGAAGUUCAUAUGAAGCAGAAAGCUGUCCACCACUCUGUUCAUUGCAUUGUGCACACAUUGUUUCUGGUCGGCUGCCAUGACAACCUGGUGUGAACCGCAGCUGUACUCUUCAGGUUGUAUCAUGCGCUAUAACUUACUGUAUCAUGAAGUGAAUGUCUGUGUUCAUGUCAACAUGCCUGCUUUUGUUUGCUCCCGGGUCCUGAUGGGAAUUUGUCCAGGUGUCUCAGGUGAAAUUCUUUCAGCGCUGUGGCCUUCUUAUCAGCAUUAGUUUAUGGUUACUGUUGGUCGUGGACCUUAGUGUAGUCAGUGGCGGCGGUUAAUACACACGGGGAGCACACAUAUGCAUAUUGUAAACAUAAGGCCUAACUGCCCAGAGUACACACGUUUCUACCAGGAUCUUCUACCCUUUAGUGUAUAUAGAGAAUUAACUACUUUUUUAUCUUCAGGUAUUAUGGUCCAAGAUGCUUUAAAGACAACUUGACAUAGCUUUUUAAAGGUGACAUAUUAGGCUCAUAUUCAGGUUCAUACUGUAAAUUUGGGUGACCACUUGGAAAGGUUUACUUGCUCUUAUGUUCAGAAAAGGCAUCAGUGUUCUCAUACUGUCCUGCAGCUCCUCUUUUCACCCUCUGUCUAAAACCCCUGAUUUCUUUUAGCCCCGCCUCCCGGUAAACCCCAGUUUGUUGUGAUUGGCCAAC